AAACACUAUCCGGUUAGAUUGCCCCGUCAACGGGUUGUGCCAAAGCUGUGUUCACCGCGUCUCGCUUCCUCUCCASAAUACGAACACGGACGAAAAGAACACCAUGUUAUCCAGAUUUAAAGACGCCACAUUUCAGCAGUGAAAAGAGGAGGUAGAGACAGAGGGGAGUGAACUAACAAAAUAGGUUAGAAAGGGAGAAGAAGAGAAGAGAGAAUCCCACCGACCAUCUGCGUGAGGCGAGAGAGAGGAGGCCAACCAGAGAGCAGCAGCCGAAUGCGCUGUGGAAUAACAUACGGUUUCCGUUGAUUUGAAACGAGAAUUUUGAAUUGUAUUUAUUAUUCUGUGAGACGUAUUACUAAAUUCCCACAAAAUGUCAUCUUCUGGCAAAGACAACAGCGCACACUAUAUGAACUAUGUGGGACCUUAUCGUUUGGAAAAGACKCUCGGCAAAGGACAGACAGGCCUGGUGAAGCUGGGAAUCCACUGUGUCACGUGUCAGAAAGUGGCCAUCAAGAUCGUCAACAGAGAGAAACUCAGCGAGUCUGUCCUCAUGAAGGUGGAGCGAGAGAUAGCCAUUCUGAAACUCAUAGAGCACCCUCACGUUUUAAAGUUGCACGACGUCUACGAAAACAAGAAAUAUUUGUAUCUGGUGCUAGAGCACGUGUCAGGCGGAGAGCUGUUUGACUACCUGGUCAAGAAGGGACGGUUAACGCCCAAGGAGGCCAGGAAGUUCUUCAGACAGAUCAUCUCAGCUCUGGACUUCUGCCACAGUCACUCCAUAUGUCACAGAGAUCUGAAGCCAGAGAACCUGUUGUUAGAUGAGAAGAACAACAUCAGGAUAGCAGACUUUGGCAUGGCGUCUCUGCAGGUCGGGGAUAGUCUGCUGGAGACCAGCUGCGGAUCUCCUCACUAUGCCUGCCCUGAGGUCAUAAGGGGGGAGAAGUACGACGGGAGGAAAGCAGACGUGUGGAGCUGUGGGGUCAUCCUCUUUGCACUUUUAGUGGGUGCCCUGCCAUUUGACGAUGACAACCUGAGGAACCUGCUGGAGAAGGUGAAAUUGGGUGUUUUCCACAUGCCCCACUUCAUCCCCCCGGACUGUCAGAACCUUCUUCGGGGCAUGAUCGAGGUGGAUGCCACGAAGAGACUCACGUUAGAGCAGAUUCAGAAGCACAACUGGUACAUAGCCGGGAAGAACGAGCCAGAGCCGGAGCAGCCUGUCCCCAGGAAGGUGGCCAUCAGAACCCUGAGCACUGAAGAGAUAGACCCGGACGUCCUGGAGAGCAUGCACUCUCUGGGUUGCUUCAGAGACAAGGGCAAACUCACCAAAGACCUGCUCUCUGACGAUGAUAACCAGGAGAAGAUGAUCUACUUCCUGCUGCUGGACCGGAAGGAGAGGUACCCCAGUCAGGAGGACCAGAACCUCCCCCCGCGCAGUGAGAUAGCUGACCCGCCCAGGAAGCGGGUGGACUCCCCCAUGUUGAACCGCCAUGGGAAGAGGAGGCCGGAGAGGAAGUCUAUGGAGGUGCUGAGUGUCACAGAGGGGGGCUCUCCUGUGCCCGUACGACGAGCCAUCGACAUGGCAACACAUGGGCAGAGUAAGUCUGUUUUCAGUAAAAGCUUGGAUAUCACAAACGCUAACUUCACCAAAGAAGAAAGGUCACGGUCUAUCAGUGGAGCGUCCUCCGGUCUCUCCACUAGUCCUCUCAGCAGUCCCAGGCCGGUCCGGCGCUUCUUUAUCCCGCCCCAGUCGCCGGACCUCUGUCAGUCGCCCAACUGUAGCCCCACCCAUUCCCCAGAGUCCCGUCUUAACCAUAACGGGGUAGGGGGGGCCAAUCGCGUGCACCCACACCCGCUCCCCAACUCCUACACGCCAAAGAUGGGGUCCCCCCUGAUGCACCCCCGCACACAGACCCUCCCCGCCAAGCCCAAAGUGUCUGAGAAGCCCCUUCAGACCACCAGGUCCAACCCGCUUCCCAACUUGGCUGACAGCCCAACCACCCCCAAGURGGAGCCCACCUCCCCCUCKUCACCCCUGGGCAGCCCCCCCUGCGUCACCAACAGCCCGCGGCCACGCCGCCACCCGCCCCUCACCGUGCCCCCUAAGCUCUCCAUCCCCCUGUCCCCGAUGCCACCCAUGUCCCCCCUUCGCCGGCACCGCCUCCACCCUGACCACAACGGUCACAAAUCUGUCCCCACCAUACAGGUGACUCCGCACCCCUCUCCGCUGGGGAGCCCCCUCCCCACCCCCAAGGGCACUCCGGUGCACACGCCCAAGGAUAGCCCGGCYGGCACCCCCAGCCCCACGCCGCCCCCCAGCCCCUCCAUCGGCGGACUGCCCUGGAGGACGCGUCUCAACUCUAUCAAGAACAGCUUCCUGGGCUCGCCGCGCUUCCAUCGCAGGAAAAUGCAAGUCCCCACCCAGGAGGACAUGUCCAGCCUCACGCCAGACUCUUCACCAGAGCUUGCCAAGAAGUCAUGGUUUGGUAACUUCAUCAACCUGGAGAAAGAGGAGCAGAUCUUUGUGGUGAUCAGAGACAAGCCUCUCAGCUCCAUCAAAGCAGACAUCGUUCACGCCUUCCUCUCUAUCCCCAGUCUGAGCCACAGUGUGAUCAGUCAGACUAGUUUCCGGGCGGAGUAUAAGUCUACUGCCGGGCCUACAGUAUUUCAGAAGCCGGUCAAGUUCCAGGUGGACAUCACCUACACAGAGAGCACCGCCGCCACCAAAGAGAACGGCAUCUAUUCGGUCACCUUCACCCUGCUCUCAGGUCCUAGUCGCCGUUUCAAGCGUGUGGUUGAGACCAUUCAGGCUCAACUGAUGAGCUCACAUGACCAGCCCGGGGUCCAGCAGAUCUCUGGUAAGUAGAGACCCUCCCCUCACCCCCCUACACCCCUCCACU